AUGGCAAUCAGACUGAGCAUUGGCAGAACAGAACUCGAGCUUGAACGUACAAACGACGAUACUCGACACGCGCGCGUCACCGCCCUCAAGGACGUCGCCGCCAUCCUCGACGUCUUCCAGGCGCACGGGCACCACCAGGUCGACACCGCGCGGGUGUACGCGCGAGGAGUACCGGGGCAAGCUCGACGCGGGCUCGCGGUGGACACGAAGCUCGAUCCCACCGUCGUGCGUGCUCCGCGCUUCGCCGCGUGCCCCCAGGUGGGCCUGCUCGUCGUGUGGUUGUAUUUUCUCACCAGAAAUACGGUCAGCCCCCCCGGCAUCCCUGCGAUCUCCCACUCUCCGGAGGACCUCCGAAAGCACCUUCAGGACUCCCUGAUGGCGCUAAAGACCAACAAAAUCAAUCUAUUCUAUCUCCACGGCCCCGACCGGCGGACGCCGUACGAGGUCACCCUCAAGGCCGUCGACGAGCUGUACAAGGAGGGGCUCUUCGCGCAGUUCGGCAUCAGCAACUACAUGUCGCAUACCGCCACAGGGUACUGGAACGACGCGACCUUCGACGCGCUCGAGUCCGGCGAGGCGGUCGGCGACAAGCACGGGCUGACCCUCGCGGAGAUCGCGCUGCGCUGGGUGUCGCACCCACAGGCUCAUGAAGCGCGAGCAUGGGGACUCGGUGUUGAUCGGGGCGUCGAGCCUGAAGCAUAUCGAGCAGCGGAGGACGUCGUGAAAGCUUUGGAUAAGGCUUGGGCGUGUCUCAAGGGCAAGGCUACUCCUUACUUCCACUGA